GCAUUGCAAACCAUAUUAUUUGUUCUCUCUCCGUGUGGUCGUCACAAACAUUCCAUAGAUGAGAAUAUUUUCAGAGCGGACCUCCUGGAGAGCUUGUGUCGUCGGUCUGAACAAAAGUUCGCUACCAUCACGGAUCAAAGGGAGUUGCAAAAGGAAUCGGAUUUGUACAUUGUUAUUGUCAGGUUAAGAGUCCAGCUCAGCGAAAACUUGAGCGGAAAUGCCAGACUUAUAUCAGAAAUGCGGAGGAACUUGCCGGGUGGAGUUAACACCUAUUAUGCUGACUUAAUAUACCACGGCAGGCACGUGUUGACCGCGAUACAGGAGAGGGACCUACAAGCAGUUAAGAAUUACGCGGAUGAAGUAGAAAUGAUGUGUAUUGGCUGCAGCGAUGCAAGUAUCCGAGCGCUGUUUCAUCAUAGAAUGGUGUUUGUCUACAGGAAAUUGUUUCAGAAACGUCCAACGGUCGAAAUAUACAUGGAAAUCUUGAGACAUUGUGACAAGGGACUGCGCUCAGUACAAAACCUCGACACCGACAUAAACAUGUUCUUUACCGAGUUCUUCCUGAUAAAGAUGUGUCUUACUCGCAUGAAAAUUAACGUCGACUUUACCCUUGCCGACACAGAGGAUAUACCGACAACAGCGGCAGAUAGGAGUCAAAUAUGUUCUCAUCUUGGUCAUAUUGAGGCCGAGUAUUUGCCUAGUAUGCGAGCCAGAGGCGCAAUGAUGUUUCACGUCUGCAAAGCCAGAGCAGUGGAGUCUACUGACAGACGACUUGCUGUCCAAUACAUAGACAGGGCAAUGAACCUUGCGAAUGACGGACUUAUUUUUGAAGAAAGGCGUCAGAAUCUCGAAUCAUACAGACGCAAGGUAGUCGAGAACCAAACAAGUGACUGACUAUAUGUCUCAUUUGUUGUGCAUAGGAGUUUUGUUUGUAUUGCGUCCAUAUCGUAUUUGCAGCUGUCCAUAUACAUUUGUUUUCAAUGGUUAUCACCGUUUUUUGCAUUUUUUGUGUGUUUAGAAUACAUGUCAAUAUACAAAAUAAUCUCAGUUACAAAAUAGGGUGCCAAAUGUGUUUUUAUUGAUCACAUAAUAUAAUGGUUUAUCUGUUGUUUUAGUAAAUAAAAGUAUUCGUGG